CGUCCGAGACAUCUCAUGGUUUAGGAAAUCCAUUUCACAACGAUUCCAGGGUUUCAGAAAUGGUUGGUGGCCAUGGAACAUCUGUAGUCCUCUCUCAAUCAGCUGAAAGUAUGGUUUGUGGGACAGGAAAACUGUUGCCACUACCUCCAGGGAGAAUUGCUCAAUUGCCACCACCUGCACCACCAGCUCCUAUUAAACCUCCGGCUCCUGCUCCUCCACCCCCACCGCCCUCGAGGCCUGGAAAGGUAACUAAACCUCCACCUAAUUGCGGCCAGUCUUCUUCAGGUGGGGGCAGCAAUGAUCCAGACUCUCAAAAGGCCAAGCUCAAGCCAUUCUUCUGGGAUAAGGUUAUGGCUGAUCCUGAUAGUUCAAUGGUCUGGCAUGAACUUAGAGCAGGAUCAUUUCAGGUAGACGAGGAAAUGAUGGAAUCUCUGUUCGGGUAUGGUUUAGAAAAGGGGAAGGGCAUCCGCAUGAAGGAUCUGUCUUCCUCUGAAUCCCCAAUUCAAUACAUUCAGAUAAUCGAUGCCAAAAAAUCGCAGAAUUUGGCCAUUCUCCUCAAGGCGUUGAAUGUAUCUACAGAAGAAGUCUGUGAUGCGCUAAAUGAAGGGAACGAACUACCUGGUGAGCUUGUUCAUACUUUACUGAAGAUGGCACCAACAUCUGAUGAAGAACUGAAGCUCAGAUUGUUCAAUGGCGAUAUUACUCAUUUGGGACCAGCAGAAAGAUUCCUCAAAGUCAUGGUUGACAUCCCCUUCGCCUUCAAACGUCUCGAAUCCUUAUCCUUCGUAAGCUCGUUGCAGGAGGACGUUUCUUCAAUGAAGGAGACAUUUUCAAUCUUGGAGGCAGCUUGCAUGGAACUCAAGAACAACCGAUUAUUCCUAAAGCUCUUAGAGGCUGUUCUAAAGACAGGUAACCGAAUGAACGAUGGUACCUACAGAGGCGGCGCGGAAGCGUUCAAACUCGACACACUCUUGAAACUAUCAGACGUGAAAGGAGCCGAUGGCAAGACGACUCUCCUGCACUUCGUGGUACUGGAGAUUAUUCGAUCGGAAGGGGUGAGAAGUGCGCGAGAGAAACGUAAGAGUGUUUCGAGUGUGAGAACAGAGGAAGAGAAUUCAACGACAGUUGAUGUUGAUCAUGCGUCGUCUUCAACAAGCGCCACAGAGACAGAAUAUUACAGGGGACUAGGACUUGAGGUGGUUUCGGGGUUGAGUAACGAGCUAGUGAACGUAACGAAGGCUGCAGCUAUAGACGGGGAUAAUAUAAGUGCGACUGUUAGUAAGCUUAUUCAGUCGCUUUCGAAGACGCAGAGUUUCGUUCGAUGCGAGGUGGCGAGUCUGGAGAAGGAGAAUGAGUUUAGAAAAACUCUGGAGAAUUUUGCGGAGAAUGCGGAGGAGGAUAUUAGAAAGGUGGAAGAGGAAGAGAAGAGGGUAAGGAAUGUUGUGAAGGAAACUGUGGAUUAUUUCCAUGGUGUAUCAGGAAAGGAGGAUGGAUUGAGACUGUUUAUAACUGUUAGAGAUUUCUUGGUGAUAUUGGAGAAAGUUUGUAAAGAGGUAAAAAACAACAACAGUAGCAGCAGCAGCUCUACUACAACUAUAACAAUGUUAAAACAGAUUCCACCACCACCACCACAGAAAAGAAGUAUUCAAUCUGAGCCUGGUUCCCCAGAUUCUCAUCAAUCCAAUGAUGUAUUAGUAGCCCAUGUUCGUCCACGACUCUUUGAUCAUGAACAUGAUCAUGUUCAUGAUAAUGAUAAUGAUCAUGAUGAUGAUGAAGAUGAAUUGUCUUCGUAAGAAGAUCAAACUUGGGACACUCUGGAUUCUGUUCUGAUCAUCAAAGUUAGGUACUACGUAUAUGAACAUUUUUUUUUCUUUUGUA